AAUGAUUCCUUUUUAUGCUGAAGAAUUGAGCAAUAUCAAUGUUUUGCGCGCUACUAUUUUGGUAGACGCAUCAUGUGAUGUUGCUCAAACACUUCAAAUAAAAGAUAAUGUCUUGACUUUAAAAGAUACAAUAGUAGCAGACCUUUCUUUGGUCAAUACAUUUAUAUCUACACAAAACCUUGUGAUAGCUCAACCCAACGAUGCCUUUACUGAUAGCAAUGGUCUUGUUCCCUGGGAAAUCAAACUCUCGCUACUCAAAUCUCCCUCACUUUUACGCUCACAACAAAAUGAAGUCAAAGAGUGGUGGUCAUCAAAAGAUGUGACUCCCAAGCAGCUACAUUGUCAACAUUGUGCUGCUUCUCUUAUAGACAAUGCUAUCACAUAUCAAGCUAAGGAUCUACCAUCAGAGCAUUGGUAUGAACUAGUUGAGUGUUGGAUUUGUCAUGAAACAAAGCCAGAAGAACAUAAAUCUCGCAUGAGACCUAUUUUAGCAAGGUCCAAUGUGAUUCUAGUAGGCACCACAUACUUUCUUUUGCAUCCUAAUAAUAUCGCAACAAAUGCUAUAGAAGUCAACAAGGCUGUAGCAGAUAGACAAGAUUGGGACAAAGGCACACUGACAAAAUGGAUUGCUAUCAACUGUUCAAAGUGUCAUCAUGCGAUUGGUGAAGGGCAGUAUUGUCAAGAAAAUCAACUAUUACAACUGCUGGCAGUCAAACUUUUUAAAUAUUCUGUAACUCCUAUACCAACACCUGUGGAACAACCUGUAUUUACAGACUUUUUCAUCUCUGAUCUAGUCAAUGCAGCAAAGAUUCAUGCUACUCAUAAAUUUUUGAUUCAAGGUAGACAGAAUGAGCAAAUCUAUUCACUCAUAUGGUUGUUUAAUUGGGAUACAAACAUUAUCUUUAAUCACGAUAAAGAAACACUCCAAAGACAAAGAGUGAUCAAAGUAAUGUAUUUGAGCUGUAAAGAACCUACUGAACAAGCUCGUAAAUACAUUCAACUGUGGUCUAAAGAUAAGUCAACAGAUCAUUUGAUUUAUCCUGAUGAUGUUUGUCAUCAACUUGUAAAUACACUACACCAAUCUACACUUAUUUUACCGCCAUUUAUGCAAACAAUCAACCACCCAGCCAUGAUAUUUUAUCAAGGAUUCUCUAUUGGCUUUUUACGACGCUCUGAUUGAGGUAAGAUUCUAUUUAGACAUAAUAAACCUAUUGGUGUCUCACUUAAGCUGUUUUAAACCUUGUAAACGAAGCGUC